AAAAAAAAAGUCUCCUGGGGAUGUGCACGCCCCCUCCAAGACCCCCCACUGCCCACCAACGGCUUCAGUUCCUGGGAGCCCUGAUGGGCCCUCUACUGAUCUUGUGCCACAUAGCACAACUACCUGUGGGGAAGAGAUGGCAAAGGGUAUCAGCUUCUGCUGGGGCAGCACUGGGGCAGCAGAGCUCACAGCCCCGAAUUCUCAGUGAGGGGGUGUGGAGGGUGGGGACUCCUUAAGUCCUUCCUGUUUAUUGCCCUGAUUUACCUCCUCUCCAGUUAAGUAUGGUGUGCCUGCUUCAGAGCACACUCAGGAGAUGCUAAUGGAUAAUAAAGAGGGUGUUCCCGCCCCAAUACCUAUACUUGUCAAUAAUUAGCGAUGAUUUCCUAGGUUCUGGGAGGAGGCAAUGGCACCUGGCCUGCCCCAGCUGGUUUAACUCAUCAUUGUAGCAUUAGCAUAGCAAUUCCAAGGUCCCUGAGUGGGGUAUUCCACUCAUACCUGGGGGUAUUCCAGGUAUGGUUUCUCCCAAGGGUUAAGGGAAUUUGAGAAGUUACUUCACCAUGUUCCUGAUCCUAGCCAGAGACCGGUCCCUAAACUCAAGCCCUUCCAGCUCCCCUAGUAACCAUGAGACUCCUGUGGUCUUCUGUCCUGGGGAUUCCAGAUGGGACUGUGUGAACAGAAUGCCUGGAGGGCCUCCCUGAGGAAGGCCAAUGGCCUUAAGCCAAAGGACCCAGGAGUGUAAAGGUUGUUUGGGCAAGUGUACAGGGCAAGGUAGGCAAGAAAGGGGAUUCCGGCCCAAGUGAUUGAGCAGGAGUAACGAUUUUGAUAAAGUUGUUAAUCACUGGCCAUGGGGUUUGACCUGCCCCAGAGAGAGGGAGUGACAAAGGCCCCCAUGCAGGGGUGUGAUGACCAGCUGGCUUUCCAGGAAAAAAAAAAAAAAAAAAAAAGCCCUUGUUAAGAAUCUUCCAAUGUCUGUGGUGUAAAUACUCUCACCAAGUCCAAUUUCAAGCUGCCACUGGUUUAACAACUGACUUACAGAAUUCUUGAAUAUUUAACAGCCAGCUCUCACUCACUUCCCAUUAGCUCACUGUCCCCACCACAGGCCGUCAACAACACAAGCCCCCAGGACCCAUCCGCAUGCCUCUCUGAGCCCAGACUCCCACUUCCCUGGCUGUAUUGCAAAAUGUUAUGCACGCACUGGACAGUGCAUGAGCCCAGGCUUGAGACAGGCCAUUUAGCCCUUCAUGCUCCUUGUGCUUCAGUCCUGCGGGAAGGCUGGCUGGUCAGCCUUGCGGCUUACCAUGAUGCUGCUGAGGUGAUGGAUGUGAAAUGACUUUACCAAAGUGAACAGCAAACCUAGUCAAGUGAAGUGCCGCAGCCCAAGGCCCAGGGACUACCUAUUUCUAAUCUGGAGCAGUGGGGAAGUCUGACUCCAUGCCAACCACAAUGGUUUGACAAGCCCUAGUUUGGAGCACCUAGCAGUUUGCCAUCUGACAAGCCACCCUGCCUCUCCCCUCCCUCAGUCACAUGCAGCUGCCUCACACACUCCCACUUCCAGGAGACCAGGUGUGCAGGGUGAUGAACACCAGGUAGCCAGGAAGCCACUAGGUUAGUUCCCUGAACCACAGAACAACACAACACCCAUCCCAGGGGUUGGGAAUCUAUCCACAAAAGUCCACUUGUAGAAGGGGCUUCCUGGUAUUGUGGCCAGGCCAUUUCUCUGGGUGCAGGUUUUUCAUUGUGCAAUCUUCUCAGAGACCCACCUGUACUUGACUCCUUCCCAGUGACUCCAUCUCUCCCUCCUCUGGGCUUCUGGAAUGGUACAAGGGCCCCACCUUACUUAGCCAGGCAGCUGUGAUGAGAGGUGUUGACCCAGCUGCCUCUCUGCUAGCUCACUGUGUCAGGUGGAAGGAGCUGAGAGAGCAGCAGGGCCAUAUCUUUCUGUAUGGCCAGGGACCCUGGGACUGUCCAGAGGCAGGGUCCUCUGGGAGUCAGCCAGACACUGGGUGAUGAAUGGUACAGGGAGCCGAUGAGAAACAGGCUCUGGGCCAGGAAAAACAGCCCAGAGCUACAGGUGUUCUGCUCUUCCUGCUCCUUUCCUGUCUUAAUCCCUCCUGUUUGGUGACAGCACUCAGCCAGGCCUGGAGACCAGCAGGGAACACCUGCUGACCUGAGAGUAAAUUUCUAUGGGGAUGGAGAUGGUCACAUGUGUCUGGUUUCUGUGAACGUCACACUCCAUGUCAUUGCAGGAGACAGAGUUAUGAAUGACCCAGCACACCGCACGGCAACACAUGCUUGGCCGGGAGUGGGCACACAUGUGAGAGGCAGAGUAGAAGACUCCAUGGAGGGGUCAUUUGACCCCUUGAACAUUUGAAUGGGGUCAUGAAAGUGCCCCCCCCCCCCCACUUCCAUAGCCCCAGUCUCUCUGCACAGACUGGCCCCAACCCUAGGACUCACAGAUCUGCCUUCUGGGAAUCCCUGGGGUGGCCCAAGGCAGCCUGCCCUCCUCAGCAAGAGAUCACACAGCCAACUUCCUCCAUCCAAAGCCUUCCAGAACCUCACCACUGGCUUUGCCAACAUGGUGGACAUUUCCCCUUCUCAGAACAUAAGGGAGUGAGAUUCUCUGGCUGCUCUUUCCAUGAAUGAGCAGGUGAGGGGGGAGAAGGAGGGCUGUAGCACUUGGGGAAGGGGCUCUCUUAGAAAGUUCCUGGAAGGUGAGAGGGAACAGGAGGGGAGGAGACAAUACUAGUGGCAUAGAGGAUGGGGUCUGCCCAGAGCUGGAGCCCAUCUGGAUCCCGGUGUACCCUCCCAGAAGUUCAGGGUUGGCACCAACCCACUUUAGGGCCUUAACAAGGUUGCUCCGGCUGAGGUCUGGUCCCCCGCAAAGUGCUGACUCUGGAUCGGAUGUGAUGAAUGAGGGAAAAUGACUGUAGCAGUUGAGUUCAUGGCAAAUGCUUGUGUGUAUGUGUCCCCUCAUUUAAAAAAAAUCUCUGUGCAUUGUUGAUUCUGGGACUGUCUUCUCUCUGCCUCUCUGGAGAAUUUUAUGGGAUUCCAAGCUUGGUUUAGAAUGUAGGAAAAACACCUACCCACCCCGUGCUGUGCACAAAGUAGGAGCCUAGUGAAUGCAUGUGCCUUUUCUUUAGCCAUUCAAAGUGGUCACUUGGGGUUGAGGGAAAAGGGGCUUCCCCAGCCUAGAAGCUGAUGGGCCUUUGGUCCCUGCCUCCCCUCCUUCUUCCCUCUCCAGCUGAGGACAGAUACCUGGAUGUCAUAACAUACUCCGUGUCCUCAUCUGUAUAUUCUGGGACACAGGCUGGGGAGGGUACCUGAGUAGGUCCCCUCUGACUGAGGAUGGACUUUCUUGCACCGUGGGCUGCCCUGUACCAGUCCCAGGAUGGAUGCAGAAGGGUGAGGCACUGAUCCUGCUCGUUGGGCAGGAUGCUGGCAGGAGGGCGGGGAUGAGCAAGGGCGGGGCUUCCAGAACAAAGGAGAAUGGGGAGCCCUGGGGGCCCAGGCCAGGCAUCAAAAAGGCUCUGCAGAGUGAGCAGGCUAUCGCAGCUGCCUGCCUCUUGUGUCCAGCAGUCAGUCAGCCAGCUUGCGCCGGUCCCUUCUGCCUGCCCCAGACGGGCACCAAACAACACUCUGCUUAGAGAGGCCUUGUUCUCCAGCGUGAUUGCGCCGACACUGCUCUGUGGUUUUCUCUACUUGGUGUGGGUUGCUGCUGCAGUUCCAGAGGAGGGCAGAGGGAUGGCUGAGAGUGGAGCCAGGAGCCGGGAGGGCCGUCGGGAGCAUGCCUUCAUCCCGGAGCCCUUUGAUGGAGCCAACGUAGCCCCACACCUCUGGCUGCACCGCUUCGAGGCCAUCAAUGACCUCAACCAUUGGGACCAUGUCACCAAACUAAGGUUCCUGAAAGAGUCCCUCAGGGGAGAUGCCCUGGAGGUCUACAGUGGACUCAGCCCCAAGGACCAGGAAGACUAUGGGGCUGUGAAAGAGACCCUCCUGAAGGCCUUCGGGGGGCCCGAGGCCACCCACAGCCACCUGCCUAAGGAGAUCGUCUUUGCCAACAGCAUGGGUAAGGGCUACUACCUCAAGGGGAAAAUUGGCAAAGUGCCCGUGAGGUUCCUGGUGGACUCGGGGGCCCAGGUCUCUGUGGUCCACCCCAACUUGUGGGAGGAGGUCACAGAUGGUGACUUGGACACUCUGCGGCCCUUUGAGAAUGUGGUAAAAGUGGCCAAUGGGGCUGAAAUGAAGAUCCUGGGCAUUUGGGAUACAGUGGUGUCCCUGGGCAAGCUGAAGCUGAAGGCAGAGUUCCUAGUGGCCAAUGCAAGUGCUGAAGAAGCCAUCAUUGGUACCGAUGUGCUCCAGGACCACAAUGCUGUCCUGGACUUCGAGCAUCGCACGUGCACCCUGAAGGGGAAGAAGUUCCGGCUCCUGCCUGUUGGAGGGUCCCUGGAAGAUGAGUUCGACCUGGAGCUCAUAGAGGAGGAGCCCUCCUCAGGGGAGGGGGGACAGCAGCUCUCCUACUGAGAAGCCCCCUUUUCUUUACCCCCCAAACAUUGGUUGGAAGACCCACCACAAUGGAGGGGAAGGGCAGAUAUCCUCACUGGGGUCACUGGGUUUUGCCAGCCCUCUGGGUUUUGCCUCCUCUUUGCAGGGGCCUUAAGCUGCCGCUGGUGGGGAGGCUUCUAUCUGAAAAGGCACAGGUGAGGGAGAACAGGCUGGCCAUCUCAGUGGGAGGGAGAGUCCUCGUGGUGGUCAAGCGGUUAUUGCUGCCAAAGAUUUAAGGCUGGAAGAAGGUUCCAAGAAGGCUAGAAGUGAUUGUCUUGGAGAGAGAACUGGGGCACCCCAUCAGAUCGAUCCCCUGAGUUAUGGCUCAGUCACCUUGAGGUGCAUGCAGUUUAAUUCAGCUGGGCUGGGUCCUGGCUGCAAGAUCCUCACAGGCAAGACCCAGUGCUUGCGGAUGAGGGUCACAGCUGCUCUGGGAUUCUUUCCUGUUGGGUCUUCCCACCUACCUGUAUGAUGUAGUUUCCUUCUGUCAUUGCUUUGAAACCCAUCGAGCCUUAUGCCAAUAAUUCAUUACUUCAAAAACCAAUAAAAAUUGACUCAUGGAAAAACCACAUAAUGUGUUGACUGGGGAUGAAUGGAAUGGAUGUGAGAGGCUGGGUACAACAGGGAGAAAAUGUCAAAGAGAAGGAAGAUCUAGUCAGUGAGUGACUAGCCUGGAGAUGU